UCGCUAUGCGUCGUUUCGUUAUUAUUACGUUUUGUUUCUUCUUCAUCUUUUAAUCUCGUGAAGUGCUGCAGACAGACUACAGUCUACAAUUUAAUCGCGAGUUGCGAGCGAGCGAAUGCGCGAUUGGUUUGAACGUGUAACGGGGUUUCGGGGGAAAUGUGGGUCCCGGAUUUGUGUCACCCAGCAGCAGCAGCAGCAGCACCAACAAACAGCAAAGGCAACGGCAACAGAAGAAGUGAGGUGGUGGCGGAGGCUGCUGCGGCUUCAGCACCGGCGGCAAAACUCAACUCAACCUCUUCUGCGGAUAGUAGUAGUUGCUGAUCUUUCGUCGUCACUCUGUGCCCCUCGCCGAUAACUCGUUCCUCUUCUCAUACACCUGUUGUUGUUAACAAUACUUACUGUAUACAUACAAGUAUACUAGCACACACGCUCGAAACAAUCGACCGAUUAUCAAGUGGGAAGCAGAUUAAAGACGAGGGGAAAAAAAUUGAACAGCAACAUCUAGAACAAACAAGAACAUUAAUACACACACAAAGUUAUAUAGGAAAAUACGGACAAUUUGUGAUUUCGUGCAGUGAAACAUUUUUAUUUUUCUUAUACAAAAUCUAUAUGUUUACUUGAUUAUAGCGUGAAAAGAACAAAAAAUUUAAAAGCAUGGGAACGGAAACGAUCAUCGAUGGAGCAGCAGACGGUGGAUCGAGUGCGGAUCUGCUGACCCAAUGGUUGGAUUCGUUGGAGACGAGAUCCUCUCUAUUCUGGCUGCACUACGUCGAGUGCAAUUCGAGGUCCUCUUCGUCGGAGGCGUCGGAGGAUGCGGAAAAGGAGUGCUCUUCGUGUUCGCCGAUCGUUCAGUGCAAGUCUAUAGCGCACAGAGACUCUGGACUGCUUCUAGCCUUGACCGAGAACUGCACUCUCGGCCCGGUGUGUUACUUCUGCAGCAAAAAGAAUUCCAUCGUGUUGCGGACGCAGCUUUCGGUCAGAGUUCACACCAUUAUAGUAAUGAAGGCUUUGAUUGAAAUUUCCUAUUGA